CCAUCAUAAAGGAAUCUUUUGUCGUCUUGUUGACAAAUCCUGCUAUUCUGGUCCUGUCGCUUUGGAGAACGUUUCAAACUAAAACUGGCUCUUCGUCUAUGGUGUUGAAGUCUUCUCAAAAGAUCGAGUAAAAAAAAAUCGCACCCAUGAGGAACGUUCUUCCGGAAAUCAGUUAAAGGGUAAACUAAUUGUUUUAAAGGGAACUCAGCACGUCGAACGUUCGUCGGGCGUUUAAAAGGCCAGCUUGUUGAAGGAACUUUAAAAGCACAAUUCAAAACUUCRGUGAAAGAAAACAACAACAAAACCGAUUCUAAAAAAAACUUUUUCCUUCCAGCAUUCUGUAAAAAAAAUAUUGCCAUGAGGCACGAGGAAGAAAAUAUAACUAUGGCAAUCACGUCUUCUUCGCCACUUGCCACUGUAGUUGCAGUAUUUUGCUUUAUGACGAUUGGAAUCAAUUUUGUCGUCUGCUACCAGAUUUACCGUCGUCGGAGCCUCCGUUCCUCGUGUACCGGACUUAUCGUGGCAAAUCUAGCGGUAGUGGACAUUUUGGUAUCCCUCAAAGAUCUUCCUCUUCUUGUUUCUGUCAGUAUGACAGGACGGUGGUAUUUUGAGGAACAUUGGUGUCGUUCUUAUGGUUUAACGAAUGUCAUCUACAUCAUUGUAUCUGUCUCGACCCUCGUGACAAUUAGUACAGAACAGUACUUUACAGCGACUAACUCCGGGAAACAAGGGAACUCAAACCGCCCAGCUCUUCUCGGGUACAUCAUUGCUCACACCACUAUGUCCUACUCACUCUCUCUCUUGUGGAGUAAAUACGUGUUUAUUACUCGCAAAGCGUUCUGCCAAGUGGACUGGCCUCCUUCUGGUUUAACGUUCACACUAAUUGCCUCUGUUAUUUUCCUCAUGCCAGUGUCAUUCCUUGUGUACAACCUUUUCAAUCAAGGCAACGACGAAAUCCAAGAGGAAAAGUCCAAGCAACAACUCCUCGAGCAGUCAAAAGACGACAGUGAUGAUGAUGGAGAGGCUGACUAUUCUCAAAUCCGACUCCAGUUCGCAGUUGGCCUUUUCUUAAUAAGUUGGUGCCCGUACGUCUUGGAAAGCUUUUUUUCAAUCUCUGACGACGUACCGAACUUGGUGGGUCUGUCCUGUGCUUUCAUUCCUAUCUUCACGACUACCCUCAUUCCAUUCUGGUACUUGAAAUGGAGAAGGCAAAUGGAAAGAAUCGCACAACCAAAAGCAUUCAUCCUGCAAUGCUGAAAGCUAAAAAACUAUAUAAUUAUAUAACAAUAUCAAAGUUAUAUAAAAAUCAAUAAAAAAUCAAAUCUGUAAGAGAUUUCUAGCUUUUAGUGAAAUCUCGCCAAAAUAUAUGAUCAAAUUCAAAAUAUCUUCCGCAAUUAUAGAAAGAAAUGUAACGUUGUAUGUAAACUAUAACGUCAAAUAUGAUAAAUAAUUUCUUUUUUAGUGAACAUCGGUUUUUCCGAUUAUUAAGUGAUUAAGUGUGCAAAAUUGAGGGCAAUUGUAAACUAAAAAGAAGCUAGUAUUUAUUUUUUCGGCUAAAAUUGUAAAAACCACAAUUAUUGUAAAGUAAAAUUCGCCAUUAUAGUGUUUUCAGUCGGGAACGAAAUAACGUUUAUACAAAAGAAUAUUUUAAGAUUUUAUAAAUAUGAAUUAAUAA